AUGACUUCUUCAUCCCUUUGCCUCUUCUUCUCCUCAUUUCUCCUCUCAAUCCUCUCCCUCUCUUUAGCAAAACCCCAUGCUCUCCUACUCCCCGUCCAAAAAGACCAAGCUACCCUCCAAUAUGUAACCCGUAUAAAUACCCGUAUCCCUCUUGUCCCUCUCAAAUUAGUAGUAGACCUCGGCGGCCGAUACCUCUGGGUCGACUGCGACUCAGACUACGUAUCCUCCUCCUACCGUCCUGUAAACUGCCACACUCCAGAAUGCAACUUGCAACAGCCUGUCGAGGGCUGCACUGACUGCAAUAUGGUUCAUCGCCCCGGCUGCAACAAAAAUGCCUGCAAUGGCAUGCCAGAGUCCCCAACGUUCGGCACCUUCGGCGAGCUCGCCCAAGAUGUCUUCGCCUUUCAAUCAACCGACGGCUACAAUCCCGGUCCUGUUGUCAAUACUUCAAACUUCAUUUUCUCCUGUGCACCACGUCACCUACUCAAAGGCCUUGCCCAAGGCGCCAGUGGCAUGGCCGGCUUGGCACGGAACCGAAUCGCAUUGCCGAUUCAGCUGGCGGUCGAAUUCAGGCUGCGACCAAAGUUCGCGAUUUGCCUCUCGCCCUCGACGUCAUCUGAUGGCGUCAUUUUCUUUGGUGAGAUUCCUUAUAGCUUUAUCCCCAGUGUGCAAGGCUCCCUGUUUAUGGUCACCACUCCACUUAUUACCAACAACUAUAGCACCGCAAAAUCCUAUACGCUUGGAGAGAGAUCAGUCGACCACUUCAUCAGAGUGACCUCCAUCAAAGUCAAUGGGAGAGUUGUGCCGGUGAACAAGGAGCUGCUGAAGAUCGACAGGCUAGGCAUUGGUGGGACAAAGAUUAGUACUACGGCUCCCUAUACUUUAUUGGAGACAUCAAUUUAUAAAGCAGUGACUGUUGCAUUUGACACCGCAAUGAACAAGAGCAAUAUUGAGAGGGUGGCCUCAGUUGCUCCUUUUAAGCUGUGUUAUAGUGCUGCGGGCAUCCGUAGCACAAACACUGGACCUGCGGUGCCUACAAUUGAUUUUGUGCUGCAUAGUGAUAAUAUUCGAUGGAGGAUUUGGGGAGCAAAUUCGAUGGUUGAGGCAAAGGAAGGAGUAUUGUGCCUCGGAUUUGUAAAUGGAGGAGUAAAAAUGAGGACACCAUUUGAUGGAGGAGUGAAAUCGAGGACAUCCAUUGUCAUCGGAGGGCAUCAAAUUGAGGACACCCUGGUUCAGUUUGAUCUCAAACAAAGGAUGUUGGGAUUUAAUAGUCUGCGUGUUUGGGGGUCAACCUGUGCAAAUUUUAACUUUACAGCCAACCCAAUGAAAAAGAGUAAAAAAUUAUUGGAAGAAUCUUGGAUGGAGCAGCCGAAGUUCGCGAUUUGCCUCGCCCCCUCUACUGCUUCUGACGGUGUCAUUUUCUUCGGCGACGGGCCUUACAACUUCAUGCCCGAUUAUGACUUAUCCCAGUCUUUUAUCUACACUCCGCUGAUCAUCAACAACGUGAGCACCGCCAACUCCUAUGUAAAAGGAGAGAGAUCGGUCGAGCACUUUAUUCAGGUGAAGCACAUCAAGGUGAAUUGGGAUGUCGUGCCGGUGAAAGCAUCGCUGCUGGAGAUCGACAGAGAAGGGAGAGGGGGGACGAAGAUCAGUACUGUUGCUCCCUAUACUGUGAUGGAGUCGUCUAUUUACAAAGCCGUGGCCGACGCAUUUGCUGCUGGAAUGAGCAAGGAUAAGGUCAAGAGUGUUGCCCCCGUUGCUCCUUUUAAGCUGUGUUAUAAUGCUGCGGACAUCGUGAGCUCCGGCACUGGGCCCUCAGUGCCUCCGAUCGACCUCGUGUUGCAUAAUCAUCACGUUGUUUGGAGGAUUUACGGGGCGAAUUCGAUGGUGGAAGCGAAGAAGGGAGUUUUGUGCCUCGGAUUUGUGGAUGGAGGAGCGAAACCGAGGACCUCGAUUGUCAUCGGAGGGCAUCAGAUUGAGGACCACCUGCUUCAGUUUGAUCUGAGGAGGAAGAGGCUGGGAUUUACUUCUUCUCUGCUCCUUAAGCGGACGAGCUGCGCAAAAUUCAACUUUACGGGAAAGCUCUGAAUGUUUUAUCUUGAUUAGCUCAAGAGAUUGCUGUGAUGAAAUGCGCUGUUAGGAAAAGUUGUGA